UAUCUCUGUAGGGAUCCAUCCCAUAAUGUUAACAGUAAGAAUGUUUAAUACUAGUGGUAUAAUCUCUGUCUUUAAACCCUUCAAGAAAUCCCCUGUAAAUCAGUUACGCUACCCCCACGAUGCCACAGCUUCCUGCUGCAGAAGGAUGUCUAAGGGUGAACAAGUUUCAGGUCCGGUUGUUAAGCGCGUGUUGAAACUUCCUUGGUAUUUGUGGUUAAGAUCAUCGCGACUUGCAAGCAACAUUAUCACCUUGUGAAAGAGGAAGUGUUCAUUUCUUUUCUCUCUCUAAGUGGACGACGAAGUACUUUGAGAGCAGAGCGGCGCUUUCAGCGUCUCGGUCGGUUCUCUCGUUCUCUGGUGUCUGAUCAUGGAUCUGCGCUGGAUGAUCCUCCCGGUGUUUAUGGUGUUAGCUGAGGCCGAGAAUUUGACCGUAGUCAAGGCAAAGCUGGGUCAAAACGCCACCUUUAAUUGCUCGGGGGACAUUAAAGACACAUACUGGUACAUAGAGAUACGCAGCCAGGUCAAAGGACCAAUUGCCCAUACCUUAUCAAUGGAUCCCGGUGAUACCUGGAAUGACAUUCAUACAACUUUGAAAACCAAAUAUGUUGCAAAGGGAAACGUAUUUGAGAUUACAAACAUCACAGCAGAGGAUUGCCGGCUUUACUUCUGUGCCAGAAAGGAAGGAGGCAACAUCACUUUUAAAGACACUUUUCUCCUCAUUUCAGAUGAGCCUAUAACUCCGUCCACCAACAACAGCUCUGAAGGAAAUGACCUGCAGCAGCAGAACAGCUGCAUACUGUGCCAGAGUGAAGUCAUUUACAGCUCGUUGGCCCUGAAUAUCCUCUUCAUCUUAGUGAUAAUUGGUUUGGUUUUAACUCUUCUGUGUUUGAAGAGGAAGGAGUGUAACCAUCAGGGGACUGAUCCGUCAUCUUUCACCUAUGAGAACCAAGAGACUCUGGAGACGCCGCAGUACGAGGAGAUCCAGCUCAGAAACGUGCCACCGGCUGUUGAUUCUUCAGAGUGUAUAUACCACAAAGUUCAGCUGCCUCAGUCAGCACUGCCUCCUCCACACCCCUGAAACCUGCACGGUACCACUCACCUGUAGUACGCGCACCCCUGAAACCUGCACGGUACCACUCACCUGUAGUACGCACCCCUGAAACCUGCACGGUACCACUCACCUGUAGUACGCACACCCCUGAAACCUGCACGGUACCACUCACCUGUAGUACGCACACCCCUGAAACCUGCACGGUACCACUCACCUGUAGUACGCACACCCCUGAAACCUGCACGGUACCACUCACCUGUACUAUAGAAUGUUUUGGACUUGAAAAUGUGAAGAUCAUGAACUCUUCAAGCUCAUCAAUGCACAAAAAGACUUGUAGUUGAGCCAGAAGAAAAACGUGAAAGCCUGACAAGUUGUUUGGGUUGUCUUGAUCUUUUUAAAGACAGCCUUCAACACUUUUUUUGAUUUAUGUAUUUGUUUUUAGUUUCUUUCUUCUGUCCAGGUGUUUGCACUUUAAUACUACAUGCUGCAGUUAUGUAACGCCGGGAACUCACCGCAGCACGCUAGCGGAGACGAGAAGCAUCGCCUUGUGACCAACGCUGAGAACUGCUCGUCUGGUACGAACAGCCAGGCACUCGAUUGGGCACAAAUCUACGCUUCACGGCUAUUCGCAGGCGGUGUGUUCCCGGCAUAAGAAGGUUUGAAAACUAGUUAGCAAGCGUGCACCAAAGUCUAAAGACUAGACUGUUGAAAUACUUAGCUUAAACUGCUGAAAUACUUAGCUUACACUGCUGAAAUACUUAGCUUAAACUGCUGAAAUACUUAGCUUAAACUGUU